AUGGUCGAAAGUGAAUCCCUUAUGGCUGAAGUGCGCGGCUUAGGGGACAAGGGUCACUGCCAGAUCUACGCGGUGCCGGUCGGGUUCUGGAAGAAAUGCGUCGAGUACCAGGGAAGAGAGCCUGCGUUGGAGACAAGCGCGAUGCGCAAGUAUUUUGCAGAGUGGGGAAGCGAAAAUGGGACGGGACCUCAUGUGAGUAUCACGCGCGACAAGAAUCAGGAGGAAAAGAAACACACACAGGCUAGGAAGCUGAAGUUCAAGACUGGGGGGGGGGAACGAACAGUUGUAUGCGCUGGAGCAGCUCUUCCGCCAGACAGAGGGCUGGCCUGA